AUGGCUGAAUCCUUUCUCUUCGAGGAAGAUUGUUGUGACAUUAUCCUUGCUGAGGAUGGGGAAGACAAGGUGGUUGACAUACUUGAAGCUAUGAGAAAUGAUUCGGUCAGCACCGCGUUCAGCGGCAUAGAGGCCUGUGGAACUUCAAUGAACAUGAUGCGAGCUGCAUUUUGCAAGAGACUUGGAAUUCCCUUUGAGCCCUUGGCAGUCACAUUCCAGAUAGAAUGGAAUCGUGAAUGCGUUGCCGAGCUACUGCCCGAGUGCAAAGCCCACAACACAUGCUUGUUCAACAACAUCGCUUCCUUCUUUGUGGAGGAUUUGAAGGAGACGAUUGACUAUUUGAUCCAGCAUCCCCAAAUGGCAAUUGAAGUACUCAGCCCCCUCUUGGCCGAGAAGAAGGCUAUGAAGGGGACAGCGUGGUGUGUUGUCCAUGAGAAAGAGUGCAAGGUUGUUCCAUGUCGCCGGCACCUUGCUGGGACAAGUUGCCGUCCCUGGAGCAAAAAGGGGGCAGGGCUUGGAGCUCAUGACCCCGAAGUGCUGUUCACACUGGCAUGGGUGGGGCUGAUGCUUCUUCUUGAAAACACUGAGAUAACAAGCGAGAAUGUACUCACACCUGGCUCUGGAUCUUCAUCAUCAACCGUUAUGGACUGUGGAUUAGGCAGCCUUCUGCUCAGGCUACUUGGGCCCCUCUACCAUAUGGAGAAAGUGGUGCUCUCUCCAUACAUGGUUGGCGACCCGUUUAAUCGGGAAAGGGAGUUCAUCAAGAUGGUCCACAAGAAGAAGGCAGCAGCAGUGAUCAGCCCACUUUCACGAUUCUGCAAGCGAUUUUUCAGGAUGUGUCAGUGGAGUUGGAAAAGCAUAUUCUUCAUGCACUUGCCAGAGAUGAAGGGCAAAGGUGUUGUGGAGAACGAGCUGGAGAUGGAGUACCAGUGGGCGUGCCAGAGACCAACCAGCCGAGCUAAAGAGCUUGGAGAUGAAUUGGCAGGUGAUACAAUGGACUUUGAAGCCGCCCUCAACACCAUGGAAUUCAACUUUCUCCAGGAAUACCGCCGGGGAUGGCCGGAAGCAGCAUACCAGUUAAACCAAGAUCCUGGCAGCGGCCAUGGUCAUCAUUCCAAAAACGAGUUUGAGAUGUUCACCCUGAUCCACAACUUGGGUUUAGUGUGGAGUGAUCACGUUGGCAGGUGGUUGUCCCCAACAGAGGCAUUAGCUUGCCAACACUUCCCAGUGGUGCCCUAUUUGCAUUCACCUGACUUGAAGUUGACUUCCUUCCAUUUUGACAGACAGGGCCGCUCAGGAAGGCACAUUGGUCCUCAGGUGGGCAAUUCGAUGCACUGCGGCGUGAUGGGCUUGCUGCAGCUGCACUCCUUGUCGGAAGUUCUUCAUCCCAGAAUUCCCGACUUGUUCAAGAACAUUCGGCUGGUCAGGCCAGGCUGGAUGGCUUUGUCGGUCACUGGAUGGUGA